UGCAGGCGCCUGAGGUUGCUGGGAGCGCUUCCUGACCUCCCAGCCCUCUAGUCAGCCGAGACGAAGAAGGAGGGAAAGGAGGAGAACUACUGAGGGAAGAGCCUGCGUGGCCGGAGCUCACUGAGAGGGCAGGAGCAGCAGGAGCAGCAGCAGCAGCAGCAGCAGCAGUAGUAGUAGUAGUAGUGAGGCAGGAGGAGGGGGGGCAUCAGAAACUCGAGAAGCAGACCGGGGAGGCGCGCUCUGCCCGGGACCCGCGGCAGCUUCGGGGCGGCGGCGGCGGCCGCAGCUGCUGCUGCUGCUGCUGUUGUUUCCGUGCUGCUGCGAUGUUUCACUGCAUCCCCCUGUGGCGGUGUAACCGUCAUGUGGAAACCAUCGAUAAGCGCCACUGCUCCCUAGUCUACGUCCCGGAGGAGAUCUACCGCUACACUCGCAGCCUGGAGGAACUGCUCUUAGACGCCAACCAACUCCGCGAACUGCCCGAGCAAUUUUUUCAGCUAGUGAAAUUACGGAAACUUGGACUUAGUGAUAAUGAAAUUCAGAGGCUCCCUCCAGAAAUUGCUAACUUCAUGCAGCUAGUGGAGCUGGAUAUAUCUCGAAAUGAUAUUCCUGAAAUUCCAGAAAGUAUCUCAUUCUGCAAAGCACUUCAGAGAGCUGACUUCAGUGGAAAUCCAUUGACUAGGUUACCAGAAAGCUUUCCUGAAUUACAGAAUCUAACAUGUCUAUCUGUAAAUGACAUCUCACUCCAGUCCCUACCUGAAAACAUUGGCAACCUUUAUAACCUGGCUUCACUGGAACUAAGAGAGAAUCUACUUACAUAUUUGCCUGAAUCUCUCACCCAGCUACAGAGACUAAAGGAACUUGAUUUAGGAAACAAUGAAAUCUACCAUUUGCCAGAAACAAUUGGAGCACUCUUACACCUUGAGGAUCUCUGGUUGGAUGGAAAUCAGCUGGCUGAGUUGCCUCAGGAAAUAGGAAACUUGAAAAACCUGCUGUGUUUGGAUGUCUCGGAAAAUAAACUGGAAAGACUUCCUGAAGAAAUCAGUGGUCUAGCUUCCCUAACAGAUUUAGUCAUUUCUCACAAUUUACUGGAUGUUCUACCUGAUGGCAUAGGAAAGUUAAAGAAACUGUCCAUCUUAAAGAUUGAUCAGAAUAGACUCGUGCAGCUAACAGAAGCAAUUGGAGAAUGCGAAAGUCUUACUGAACUUGUUCUGACUGAAAAUCAACUUCUGACAUUGCCCAAAAGCAUUGGAAAACUAAAGAAGUUGAGCAACUUGAAUGCAGACAGAAACAAAUUAGUGUCCUUACCAAAAGAGAUUGGUGGGUGUUGCAGUCUCACCGUUUUCUCUGUGCGUGACAACAGAUUAACUCGAAUACCCUCCGAAGUUUCACAAGCAAGUGAACUUCAUGUCCUAGAUGUCGCUGGAAAUAGAUUACUACAUCUGCCUUUAUCCCUGACUAACUUGAAGUUGAAGGCUUUGUGGCUGUCUGACAACCAAUCCCAACCUCUGCUUACGUUCCAGCCAGACACAGACUACGAAACAGGCGAAAAGAUUUUAACUUGUGUUUUGCUUCCUCAAUUGCCUUUUGAACCUAGUUGUCAAGAGAAUUUGACCCGCUGUGGGGCACUGGAAAGCUUAGUCAAUGAAAUGUCAGAUGAAACGUGGAAUGAACGGGCAGGCAACAGGGUCAGUGCAAUCCGAUUUUUAGAAGAUGAAAGAGAUGAAGAAGAUAAUGAAAUGAGAACACUCCUAAGACGAGCCACUCCACACCCAGGAGAGUUAAAAAGUAUGAAAAAGACAGUGGAGAACUUACGGAAUGAUAUGAAUGCUGCUAAAGGACUGGAUUCGAACAAAAAUGAGGUCAAUAAUACCUUUGACAGAGUGACCACUUCUGUGUAGAGCUUCACCUCCAAGUUCUUACCUCCUGUGUCUUCCCCUGCUGUUGAAAUGGUCCUGUCUUCCAAGGAAUCUCAUCCAGCCCUUUGUCUUAACCAGAUCCUGACCCAUCAUCUCCUUGUAUCGCCUAUUGGAGGGUGCUGCUAUCUUGAAGGAAGUGCCUUAUACUAACUAGUUGUGGCACCAGUAAUCUCCAGAUAAUAUAUUUUUAAUGGAUUUUUGGUCACUUUUAAUGAGUAGAAUACACUACUGUACAACUUUACUUGUCCUUGUUGUCCUAUGUUGGAAGAAGGAGAGAUUUUGAUCCUCUUCCCUACAGUGCUGGGAUAUUUUAGACCCAGGUAUACUGGGUCCUACUGACAAGAGAUAUAGUUUUAUGUGAAAAAAUACUUUUUUAAACAUUUUUGGCAGCUCAGAUGGUGUAAAUUUUAAAAUUUUGUAUAGGUAUUUCAUAAGAAAAUUAUGUAUUUCUUUUUUGCUGUUGUUUUAUCUGGAAAACGGUACAUAUUUUACUAUCUGUGGGGGGGAAAAGACAGUCCUGAAGUAUUCAUUUGUAUUUGUACCACCCAGUUGUGCCUUAAUGUGUGUCCUGUUGUAUGUCAAACCAGUGCUGAAAAAUGGUAUCCCUAAGCAGUAAGAUUACGGAGGGGAUGUGCUUUUUUAGCCAUGUGUGUCUUAAAUUAGUGGUCAACUUGGUUUUUGUUUUUUGUUUUUUUAAACCAACAACAGGAUGGGAACUAUCAAAAGGGCCUCCUGAGUUGUACAUGGUAAUAUCUGUUUGAUUACCUGAGAGAUACAUCUGCAGAACUAAACUUCUUCUAUAUGAUUACUUACAAAUUUUAAAACUUUAAAUGAAGAAAAUGUCUUAAUUGUUCUAAUGGUGUGGGUUUGCUCCCUCUGGUGAGGUUUGUACCCUUUGUGCAAAAAAGAAUGCAACACAAAGCAUGGUAGGAGACUGAUUCAGAGUACAUUAGGAGAACAAGUAAAUGUACCACCUGAUGCUAUUGAAAAUGGCUUUAGAGGUUUUAUAUCCAGAUAUAAAACCAUAAUAAAGCAGAAACCUUAUAAAUAUACAAGAGCACCAUCAGCGUCAUUAUGAGUGCAAUUUAAUUUGAAAAUCAACUUUGUUGGGAAGAGUUACAAAAUGCUGUAGUCACAUUUUGGCAUAGGCAGAGGUGGGGAAGGAGUGUGUGUGUGUGUGGGUGUGUGUGUGGGUGUACGUGAGCGGGCAAGUGCAUGUGCUAUGUACUUUUAUCUGUUAAUUUCUAUAAGAGGUAUAUAGGUAAUGAGUAUUUUGGCCACAACAAUUUGUAAAGUGGCUUAAACAAGAAGUUGUGAUGUAUAUCACUCACCUUGAUGAAAUCUUGCCUAGCCUUUUGGAAGAAUUGAAGAGUGUUUUUUUUUUUUUUGUUUUUUUUUUGUUUUUGUGGGCGUGGGGGUUGGAGAGAGCAAGGAGCAAAUAAUAUGGACUAAAAUUAAGAUUAAGAAAAUGAAUGCUGCAAAUUGCUAAAAGAGGUCAGCAGAAUCAAGUCAUCUAAUGAAGUCAACUCAUCCUGGACAAUGGUACCCAAGACUUGCGUGAAUAGAUUAAGAUGUGUUUUAUAGUGGGCAGCAGUUUUCUCACUGAAUCUUUAUUUCGUUUUGUUCCUAUCAAAAGCCAUUUUCACUACUUAAGUUGCAUCUAGUUUUGAGUUAGGCACCUUUGGGAGUUGAACUAUUACUCUCAGGUGGUCAAAUCAGCACCAGUUAAUGCUCAUGUGCAUUAGCACAAUCUCUGGGUGGUAGGGACAUGUGACUUCAGCUUUUUAUUGGACUAACUGAUCUACAUGAAUUCUAAUUCUGGAGUCUUUAGCAACUAAUCAGAAAAAAUAAUUUUCUUACUAUAAAUUUCCUCAGUUAAUCUAUUCUUAUAAAGUUCUUUAAAAAACCAACUAGGUAUUUGUUGAAUUUCAUAUACUCUGCCAAAGAGGUUACAGGCCAUUUUCCUCUUGGAAAUGGUUUGGAACAUCUGCAGUUUUGUGCAUCAUGUCAUCCUAUAGUUGUUUCCACUUUUGGUUAGAUGCAAGUGAACAGCUUGUUUUUUGGUUCAUAUGAUUUUAAAUCUGCAAGAAUGUUGUCAUGAGUAUGUUGUUUUUCAUCAGCUGAUCAAUUUAUUUAAAAAGAAAAAUAAUUUUGAUUCCAAAGGUAUUUUGUUUGUUUUGUUUUUUAAUAAAAAAAAACUCUCUCUA